AUGACUGAUGCGCUCGGCUCCCACGAGUCUCAAAAUGCCACCCUCCAAAAGACCACCGACCAGGCAAACACUGACGAACCACCGAAUGCACCUGCCAUCGUGCCAAAGUCUGAAGAAAUGACCUCAGGUUCAGCGCCUGCUGAAGGCGCCGUUGACCAGGUCAUGACUGACGCACCUGUUGAGGCCGAUGCAGAUGGCGAUUCGGAGGCAGAGACGUUGAUUCAGUCACCAGAGAAGCAGAGGAACACCGCUGAUAACACACCUGUAGCAGGAUCGGCAAGUCUGACCAGGCCCAAAGAUGGGGAUUCGACUGCUGAAGCUACUGCGACCGAAAAUGACAACAGUUCCAGAAAGCGCAAGCGUAGUAUUGAUGAUGUGCAGGACGGUCCCGCGUUUUCCACCUCCAGUCGUCGCAGCUCACCUUUAUCAUCGCCCCGAAUACCGCCGCUUUCCCCAGAUAGUGAUUCAGAUGUAUCGGUCCAUAUCGUAUCGCCAAAGCCAAAGCCAGCGCGACGGAAGCAUGAACACGAUAUCGCCGAUCUGGGUGAUGCCGAAGGCAAGCCAGUCAAGAAUCAAAGUAGCAAGCGUCGCCCAAGCGAUAUUCUGCCUCCGAUAAGCAAACAUCGCACAAAGAAUAGUAGUGGCGGAGUGGACCCAACCUCGUCAGAACGCCGCGAAACCAGGUCAGCUACUUAUCCGCGCCAUUCUUCGCAAGACCGCUCUCCUUCGCCAAGGCCGCAAAGGCGGGAGCAUAGGCGUGGUAUAUCAACCCAGUUGACGCUUGGCGAUGUUGAGAGGAAAAAGCACGGUCGACCUUCGACAGUGCUCAUUAGACGAAGUGGUUCGGCAGACAAUAGUCGUGACCGGUCGGUCUCUUCGGACGUGUCAGAUUCCCCUCGACAGCCACGACCAGCGCCGCUGCACAAGUUCUCGUCUGCCGAGCAUGAUACCAUGUCGCCGGCGAAAGCUCCUGCUGGCCCUCGCAAGUGGCGCGACAAGAACGGUAGAACCUUCCUGUCACGGGCCUGUAGUAAUAACGACCUGGCGGCAGCGAAAGCCAAAUUUGCCGAAAGACCAGAAGAUCUCAACCUUCCAGACAAUGCAGGCAAUACUCCACUUCAAAUCGCCGCGCUCCAGGGCUAUGUUGAUAUUGUGAGGUUCUUGCUGGAAAAGGGAUGUGAAGUCGAUACUCGCAACAUCGAUAGAGACACAGCACUUAUCGAUGCGGUUGAAAAUGGUCAUGUUGAAGUUAUCAGACUUCUUCUUGAGUAUGGAGCGAAUCCACGAAUGGGCAACGCUAAGGGCGAUGAGCCGUACGAACUCGUUCCUCAAGACGACGAAAACUAUGAACAGAUCCGACGGCUGCUUGCCGAAGCGAAAGAGAAACCUAGUAACAGGCGUGUGUCUUCGGAGCACAACGACAUGGCUCGAGACGGGAAUUCAUCAAGAGCAGCGUCUGCUGCUAGUCCCCGCGAUUCACCGCCCUUGAUGGGUCCUAGAAGUCCCCCGACUGCUUAUGGGAGGCGGAGAACCGGUCGAAGCGAAUCGACUCGAAACGAUCUUCUCUGGCAAGCGAAUACUCAGGAAAAUUUGAAAAAGUUGGCUGGAAAGGGGGAUGUCCAAGGUGUGGCCAGCAUCCUCAACGUGCUGCAAAAAGCGGAAACAGAGUCUCUGAUAGCGGCGGCCAAAGCAGGGCAUGAAGAGGUUUUGCAGCUGAUUCUGGCGAUGGGUGAUCCCGAACCUGACCCCGACCCAAUUCGGAGCCUCAGACCUGGGUACAACACUCCUAUGCUUGCAGCUAUCGGAAAGGGACAUCCAGAAGUUGUCGCACUUCUCGUUGAGCAGUUAGGUUUCAAUCCUACGAGGAAGAUUCUUAAGGGGAAGACUUACUAUGAGAUCUCUGCCGAGCGAAAAGGUGAACGAUGGCAGCAGGAAUACCAGAUCCUCAAGACUGCGUACGACAAAUUCGUGGCCAACCACCGAAGGUUAAGUUCUCCACGAGCCACUAGAGAUGUGGACAAGGCGAGAGCUCGCGUUCAUCGUCAUUCUCAGUCUCCGGCUUCCAGCAAACUGCAGAUUUCUUCAAGCCCGACCUUGGCGCACAAACAUUUAGUAGGGAAGUCACCACGUUCGACAGAGAAAGAAAAGGACCGGGAUUCUGGAUUUGUGGACGGUCCCGACAAGCGCAAGCAGCAUGCUUCGAAGCGAGACGUCGCAGACUCAUCUGUCGCGGUCUCCUCUGAUCAGGACCACACCAUACAUAUUUCUAGAAAGGCUUACAUCAAACGACGGAGUCAGAGUGACUUGCCACUUCCGCCCGAUCUGGACUCUGAGGUUACACAUCGACGAAGACGACUCGUUACAGGUAAAGAGCAUCGCAGCCGGAAAAGCAAUGUAGAUACGUCAUCAGAUGAAGAGCUCAUAGUGACGGUGAAGAUGGAAGACAGACCAAGUACGGCGGUGCUCAAACGAACCAGAGAAAGUGUGUCACCUGGGACAGCAGGAGCUGAGGAGGGUGACAGUGAUCGCAACGCUGUCAAGAAGCGGAGGACCGUUAUCGAGAGUAGUCCAGAAGAAACCCGUCCUGGUCCCGGGAACCAGAACAAUCCUUCUUCAUCUCCAACUCUUUCCCGCAAAACGGAAGAGAGUAUUGAUUUGAAGCGCCAGAAAGCCAAAUCUGAGUCUACUGUGGAGGGAGAACCGACGGAGGCCAUGGAUACUGACAGCCCGACACAAGACAUAUCGUCUGACACUAUUGAAGUUCCACCGCCGAAGAGCCUUCUCACUGAUGCAGAGAUUCGACGCGUAGUGACUCCUGAACCCAUCAAAACCGAGCCGGUCGAGACGGAAGCCCGGCAGCUCGAAGAAGCCCGGCAGCUCGAAGAAGCCCGGCAGCUCGAAGAAGCCCGGCGACUCGAAGAGGCUAGGCAACUCGAGGAGGCCAGGAGGCUUGAAGAGAUUCGACAACUCGAAGAGGCUAAGCGGCUCGAAGAUGAGAGGAUUGCAGCUGAGAAGGCAGCAGAGGAGCGAAGGCUCGCGGAAGAGUCUGAGCGCCGCAGAAAGGCUGAAGAAGAGGCUGCUCUCAGGAGAAAGGAAGAGGAGGAGCGGAAAGAGCGCGUCAGGCGUGAGCUUGAAGAAAGACGACGCAAGCAGGAAGAGCAGCUCAGAGAACAGCAACGACGAGAACGAUUGGAGGCUGAACAACGCCGUCGAGAAGCGUUGCCAGCGUUGCUCAAGCACUGCGCCCUGCUCAUUGACAAUAGCGAUCCUAAAGCCAGAAGUGAACCUUGGCUCAAGCUCUUCUUGCCACUGUACACUGUCAAGUCUGCGCAGCUUGACCCCAAUACUCUGGAUGCCAAUAGGGACGACCUCUGGGUACCCAAUUUUCAAGUUGCUGGAUUGCUUGCGACCAAAGAUUUGAACCUACGAAGCUAUACUUCUCUGGAAAGAAGACCAGUCACACCACACGAGCGACAACGUCUUUGGCAAGUAUCGAGGAACAACCUAUCGUACGAGUUUCAAACCAAUCAGUACAAUACGACGAUCAAGAUGGCUAUCCAGCGCGAGCGAGAGGAGCGACCAAAGUUCUUUGCCAUGGAGGAACUUUUCUGGGUCAAGCUCUCUGGCUUUGAAGAUCAGAUCUUCCGGCAUCAGCACCUGGCAAACCUGAAUAUCAGAAAACAGCCCAUCUCACUCAGAAUCUUUUCGUCUCAACAGCAGAACGCCGACGAGUUGUCACCGCAGAGUCCCGCUGCAUUUCCAGACUUUGGUAAUAACGCUAAAUCAGCCCAGUUGAUGAAUGGCAUCAGUUCCCAUGCGGCGCCCAUUAUUAAUGGCAACGGAUCCGGAUACGGUCGUUGA